AUGGUGGCGCCAUCCGUGCAGGUGGAAGUCGUGCCGACAGUGCUGAUGGAGCCCUGCAUGUCAUCCCAGUACCACGCUCGGAAGCUCGCCGCCUUGAUCUUCACGCUGCGGAUGGUGGCGCCGUUCGUCGUAACGCUCUGCCCGCUUAUGCUGCCGCUGCUGAUGGUGCUGGUGCACACGUUCUUCCGCACGCUCCUGAUGCUGCCGCUGCCGGUGGCGCUCACUUGCAUGAACCCGCCCAGCGUGAUCCGCAGGGCGUUGCCGCUACCGGUGGCGAGCACGCACUCGUUCUUGCAGCCGAUGGUGGCGCUGCACGUCGUGCCGAACCUACUCUCGCCGAGCGCCGCCUAG